CCAAAAAACAUUUUUAAUUUCUUCAUUGUCCAUUACUUUCAGCGUUUGCAGAAAUAUAGCCGACAUGCAGAGAUUCAGCGAUUUCAUAUACGGACGUGUCGAAAGCGAUUGUGAGACAAAUAAACCCUUCAAAGUCUUACUUGCCUUUUAUGGUUUGAUCGGUCUAAAAGCAAAACCACACGGCUUCUUACCCACACUGCAUAUGGUGUUCUUUUGCAUUGCGUACGCCUAUACGCCAUUCCUAGCUAUAGUGGGCUUCUUGCGGUUCCAGAAAACCGCAACCGUAACGGAGUCCCUAUCGGCCCUACAAGCGUUUAUCAAUGCUAUAUUCGCCGCAGCAAAGUCAGUAGCAGUUUUAGUCAACUUUAAGCGCUUUCAAAGUGUUGAGCCGAUAAUGAAAAGUUUGGAUGAACGCUACAAAACGCCACAGGAGCGUCAGCAAAUAACGAACUGUGUUGCGGAUUGCACGCGCUUAUAUGCCGCCAUGGGUUUCAUUUAUUACUUGUAUGGCCUCAUUUCAAUUCUAACAGCGUUAAUAAUACAUAAGCAACCAUUUGGUGGCUGGUAUCCUUUUCUCGACUGGAUUAGCAAUCCAACGGUGCAUUUCUAUUCAUGUGUGGCAUUCGAAACGUGGUAUUUGUAUUUCUUACUGACGGCGCAAUACUUGCAUGAUGUGUACCCAACUUUAUAUAUGCGAACAAUACGCGCACACAUGCAACUGCUAAGGGAACGUAUUGGUCGAAUAGGCGUGGACCCUGAGAAGAGCGUUGAUGAGAAUAACAAAGAACUGAUCGACUGUAUUGCGACGCAUCAGCAAAUAUUGCAGGUGGUGGAUAUGGUCCGUUCCGUUUGCUCUCCAACCAUUUUUAUGCAAUUCGUUUGUGUUGCUCUUGUACAUUGCGUCUGUAUGGUAAAUAUUUUCAUUUUCGCCGAUACGCUUAAUAUGGUCAUUACGAUGUGGUAUUAUCUAAUGGUUGCAACGCAAAUCUUACCGACUUGCUAUGAGGCAUCGACACUUGAGAUGGAAAGCUCUAAAUUGCCCGUCGCAAUAUUUCACUGCAAUUGGCUGGCUUUGGAUAAGCGUGGACGGAAGCUGAUUGUCUUCUUUAUACAUCACGCUCAAAAGGAAGUCACCUUUGUUGCAAUGCAAUUGUUCGAUAUCAAUAUGCGUACAUAUUUGUCAAUUGCAAAAUUUUCAUUUACAUUGUACACAUUUGCGAAUGAGAUGCGCUUUGGGCAGAAUAUAAAGGAAUCUGUAGAAUAAAAAGGGAAAAAUAAUGUUGUUAAAGGCUUGUAUGGCAGUUGAAAGGCGAAAUAUAUUCUUUUAGUUGGACUUGGAAGGAUGGGAACUGUCAAAAUGCAGCAUUGUAGGUGAAAAUGAAACUUAGCUUCGGACUACUUUUUCAUCAAUAAUUUAAUUUCAUCAUUAAAAAGUAGAAAAUAAUGAUUCUAAAUAGUAUUUGACGCUAGCACCAUUUUAUGUAGCCAACAAAAAACAAACAUAAUAAAUUGUAGAGAGUCUUUUUCCUUAGAAGAGCAAAAAUACGAAAUUUUUGAUAA